CAGAUUUGGAACAAGCUAUACCAACAUAGGUAGAAACGAUGGGCAAGUAUGAUGUUUGGGUCGUCGUUGCUUUGGGAGAUAACAGGUAGCAAAGAAAUAAAAAAUGUUAACUUAAAAUUAUCAAAUAAAAAAGCGUAAUUUUUUUAUAUUUUCUUCGGAAUAAUAUUAGAAAUCACCUCAUGUAACUGUUUUAAAAGCUGCAUUUUAUACAUUUACUUGGACAACUAUUAGAAGAUGUUUUCUCUCAGUAACCAGACAGUUUCGACAGUUUUACCCCUGGCCAGAUAAACAUAUAGGGUAGCUCCCAUGAUGAUACUUUGUCAAAAGUGAAUCAUAUUUAUUUUACUUAAAACUUAGAACUUAGCACUUAGAACUGUCAAAACUGUCUGGCCAAUGAGACAACAUCUUCCAAUAGUUACCUAAGUAACAUGUAUAAAAUUCAGCUUUUACACUGUAACGUAAGUACAGUUACAAUUUAUUAAAGUUUAAGGGUGUAUGACAAGGGGUUGCCACGAUAUUAAGUGUUUGACAAUAGAUUUCUAAUAUUAUUCCGAAGACAAUAUAAAAAAAAUUACGCUUUUUUAUUUGAUAAAUUUAAGUUGGUAUUUUUUACUUUUUUGCUACCUGUUAUCUCCCAAAGCCACGAUGACCCAAACUUCAUACUUGCCCAUCGUUCCUACCUGUAUUGGAAGUAUGCGCUGACAAAUUUUCAUCUUUUAAAAAUGUGGAAGGUCUGGCGACCACGGGCUCUUAGACUAUAUCGCGAACUGGCCAUGAAAAAUGAAUCGCUUUUUGAUGAUAACUUAAAAUCUUUUUUUACAAACAGUUUGAUAAUUACAUUAUUAUUUUCUAUUUUUCUACUAUUUCGUAAAGUGAUUGGCUAUAGUGUAUUGUUUUUUUAAACAAUUAAAAUGAAAAUUGUUGCAUUCGGUAACCCCUUGUUGGACACAAUUGUCCUAUUAAAAGACGACGCUCUUUUGAAAAAAUAUUUUUUGGAAAAAGACGGUCAAAAAGAAGUUAGCCAGAAGGAAAUGAAGGCAUUGAUAGAAGACAUUAAAGAAUAUGAGAAAACUUUCGUGGCUGGUGGUUGUGCACAAAACACACUCAAGGUGAUGCAAUGGCUUUUGGAUCAAAAAUGUUGUGCUACAAUAUUUGGGGCUAUUGGAAACGACAAUGAGGGAAAAACUUUGAAACAAAUUUUAGAAAAACACGGAGUGGACACGAAUUAUGUUACACAGCGUGGUUACAUUACAGGAUCAACUGUGGCUUUAGUUACAGGGGAAAGCAGAUCUCUAGUUGCUUAUUUAGGUGCUGCUGAAGUAAUGUCUCCUGAUGAUUUUUCAUCAAAUUCGCAAAUCAUUUCACAACUUCAAGACGCGACUUUGGUGUACAUGGAAGGGUUCUUUAUUACAAAAAGAAUCGAAGUUGCUUCCGCUAUCAUAGACUGUUGUAAUCAGCUCAACAAACAAUUUGUAUUUAACUUGUCAGGGCAAUAUUUAUGCACAGACUACACACAAACCGUUAUUGAUUUUGCCCAAAAGUCUGCAAUAAUUUUUGGUAAUAAGAGGGAAUUUCAAACAAUUUGUUUGUCUAUGAAUGAGACUUGUGUUGAAAAUUUCAUUAGAAAUUUGGGUAAACUGGGAAAAACUGUGGUAGUCACUGAUGGUGCCAAUUCUGUGAUAUGUGUUGGAGAUGGAGGUAAAACUUUUGUGGAAAUUGAAGUACCACCAAUAAAGAGUGAGGAAAUUGUUGAUACGACAGGUGCUGGGGAUGCGUUUGUGGCAGGUUUCUUAAGUGGAUAUCUCUGCAAAAAGCCACUUAAAACAUGUUGUGAAUUAGGAAAUUAUGCUGCAGAAGAAAUUAUUAAAAGAAGAGGGUGCACAAUCCCAGAAGACGCACCUACAUUUAAUUUUUAAGCAAUUAGUGUUGAUUGUACUUAAAUAAAAUGUAAUAAUUUAUAAAAAAAAAA